CGCUAGUGGACAGGACAACACUGAUGAUUUUUAGCAUUAAGGAAAAAGGGGAAAAAAUAAAGCCUGUGCCCCUUUGUCUGUUUGUAGUUUUUUUUGGACUCUGAAGCCAAGCGUAAGCAGAGUGGUGGGAUUGGAGAACUGGAGGUGUGUGCACUAAAUAGUGUAUAUCCCGGCCCUGAUGAAUCGCUCAAUAUAUGGCUGAUGACUGGGAUUUGUAUGCGGUGGUGAGGAGCUGCUUCAACGCCGCUGCUGCAUCAACAGCCUCCUCAUCCACUACGACUGACGCCGCCAUAGCCCCUGUUGAGAACAGCAGCCUGCCAUCGGGAGAGACGCCGUCGUCGUCGUCAUUCCUAGCUUCUCCUUCAUUUCAAAGCGGCCACACUUCAUCUGAUUUUCCGGGCUUUGCAAAUCACACGAGGGACUCCUUUCGGGGACUCCAAGAAAUUUACAAGGAACCGUACGAGGAUAUAGUACAAUCUUUCGUCGACCUUAAUUCACAAGCUCAGCACAUCCAAGCAAUCCAAGGCCCUGGAUGCACAGCAGAUCAGACACCUCAACAGCAACGGAUAUAUGGACAACCACAGCAGCUGAUGCAGCAACCGCAAAGAUAUUCACACCUCAGCCGUGAGAUGUUUGUUGGUUCUUCCCUUUCUUUUCCAUCUACAAGUCCUCAGCCCGAAAGGCCGCGAAGAAGGAAAAACCAGCAGGCCAAGAGGAUUCAACAAAUGACACAAGAAGAAUUAUCAGCUGAUUCAUGGGCAUGGAGAAAAUACGGUCAAAAGCCAAUUAAAGAUUCCCCGUAUCCAAGAAACUACUACAGAUGUAGCACCUCGAAAGGAUGUACAGCGAGGAAACAAGUGGAGCGAUGCCCUGCGGAUCCUAGCAUGUACGUGGUCUCAUACAGCGGGGAACACUCGCACCCCCGUCCUACGCACCGGAGCUCCCUCGCUGGUACUACCCGCAGCAAAGUACCCCCCGCUGCCGCCGCCAGGCGCCCCACCACCACCACCGCUACUACUACUUCCACCACUAAUAUCCAUAACAUUGCCUCCUCAUCAAUAGCUUCUUGUUCUUCAUCAUCUCCAGCCUCUGCUUCCAGUUUCUCUCCAACCGCCACGCCCAUAACAGAAGGCGACAGUGGCGUAGACGAAAAUGUGGAUCAAGAGACUGCAGAUAACGAAAACAACAACAGCUGCGGCGCAGAAUUAUUAUUUUCAGGGGAGGAGGAGUUAGAGGGGUGGGCGGAUGAUGGUGAUGACGAUGAUGAAAAUGAUGGCGAUGGGAACGGGGAUGAUGAUAUUCUCAUUCCUAACUAUGCUCUCGUGAAUGAUGAUCGUUUCUUCAAGGGCUUACAUUUUAAGGACUAAAGUCUGAAGUGGUAGCCUGGUGAUAACUCGUAGUCGUACGUGACGUGGUACGAGGAUUUUGUUCUCAUCGCCUGCUGCGACGGCUGCUUAGUAGUUGGCCCGGGAAAUUCGAGACAUUUGGACUAGGACAUCCGCAAGCUGUUGUGGCCGGCAGCCGAAUUAAUGAGGUGAUCCUGAAAGAAAUAAAACUGUGUUUAUCCUCCACCCAACUUUCUUGUUUUCUUUUAGCCUGUGAUUCCUUUAGAUUUGUGACUUCAGCUUUAUCAAAGUAUUAGCAGCUUCUAAGGAUCAGUCAGUCGUGUACUUGUUGGGUGAAGUUUUGUGUAGAAUAAAAGGUGCCCAGCCACGAGCCAACCAUUCCAUGGAGUCAAAUUUUGAGUCUGUCCUAGAAUUCCUAAACGAGGAUUCUAUCUUUCAUCAUCGUUGAGGAGCUCAUGGGACAAACAUU